AUGCAACAUAAACGUUCAAGAAGUACGAAAAAAACUUUAAGCGUAAAGGUCAAUUCGACCGAAACUGCAGCUCAAAAAGAAUCUCCAGAAAUAACUGAUGAUGAGGUGAAUGAAUCAAGCGAGAUGAGGUUAACAGUCGUAUCAAGAGCUACUAGAAGCUCAAAACAAACUCCCGAACCAGGAACAAGUAACAGUGAUACAAUCGAUAAUGAAAAGAAGCCCACUACAAUCCAACUUGUAACUAAAAAAUCAAAACGAAAACGGCAAGAGAUUGCGAUUGAUAAUCAAGAAAAGCGUGCAUCAAAGGCCAAAAGGACCACUAGAAGCAAAACCAAACCAGGUACUGAAGUCGAUGAUAUAAAAGAAGAGGAGCAGAUAAAACGGGAAGAGCAAGAGGUUUCGAUCUUUGAUGAUGAAGAACCAAAGAAAAAACGAAAGAAAAAUUUUUCUCCAAUUAAAAAAGGUGCUCGAUUAAUAAUAAAAUCCAAGAAUUAUCUUACUGAAACAUCUUCAUCAGAGGAAGACGAUAAGAAGAGUUCUUUGACUAAAAACGAGGAAACAAAUGAUGGAACCUCAUAUGAGAAUCUUGCGUCAGACAUUGAUUCACAAAUCGCUUCUGCCUCAAUCCAAAGAAGGUCGAGAAAGACGUUUGAAAAAUCUAAGAUGACCGAUGCGCAAGGUGCUCGUGUCUUCUUGAUCGACAAGAACAAGAAGAGCAAAGCAACAGCCGAAAAAGUCGAUCCCAAAAGCGAAGAUGAAGAAUCAAGUCAUGAGAAUGACACGGAAUUUCAGAAAGAAUUAAGGAAAAUAUGGUACUCUAUCAAAAAUAAUAAGGAUUCCAAAGGCAGACAAAUGACGUUGCUCUUCGAAGCGCUUCCUGAUAAGGGAGAAUAUCCUGAUUAUUAUGAAGAAAUUCACCAGCCAAUCGCGUUAGAUAACAUUGAAUCCAAGAUAAAUGCAAAUGAAUAUCCUGACUUGAAAACCUUUUACGCAGAUUUUAAUUUAAUGUUCGAAAAUGCAAAAACGUAUAAUGCUGAAGGCUCUCAAAUAUAUCAAGAUGCCGUACAAUUACAAAAAUUAGCCCAGAAACUCACCGGCGUAAAAUCGAAUGGCGGUGAAGAUCUUGAAGCCAUUGAAGAAACGAUAUACAAAGACGAAAAAUAUCAAAUUGGUGAUUUUGUGGAAUUAGUUAAUAAAUUGGAUAGCGCGAAACCUAAUAUUGGACAUAUUUAUCGAAUGUGGAGAGAUUCCAAAGGGAAGGAAGGGAUUCAUGUGUGUUGGUUUUAUCAUCCUGAACAGACCGUUCAUCAGGCAAAUCGACUAUUUUGGGAAAAUGAAGUUUUUAAAACCAACACUUUCCACGACUAUUCAAUCAAUGAUGUUAUUGCUAAAUGCUUUGUAUUACAACCAAAAGAUUAUCAAAGAGGACGUCCUAAAGACAGUGAAGGGAAAAAUGUGUAUCUUUGCGAGUCAAGAUAUCGUGAAGUAGGAAAGUAUUACUCGAAAAUUAAAUUCUGGGAUAAAUUAAUUCCCGAGGGAGCACGCGUUGGAAGACCAGAAUUGGAUUUAUAUCCUGAAAUGAAAAUAAUCAAAAAAGUACCAAGUCCGCUUGCUUUAGAAGCAGCCGACUCUGAUAAUGUAUCCCAAAGAUCAUCGAAUUCAUCGACACAAUCUCAAUUACCCCCAGUUCCACCACAACCAGGAACACUCCCAUUUCAAACAGCGAGCCAAUUCGAUCAUGAUAAAGAUGGAAAGAUCAUUUGGUUCUCUGCUCCACCAUUGGAUGUUGUACCCCUACCCAAACCACAUCAUUCCGAUCAAUAUUUGAAAUAUAAAGUUGAGCAAGCAGAAAGACAAAGAAAACGUAAAGCGAUGCAUGAUGCUUUUUUCGCAUCAUCAAAGCGUCAAUGUUUAGUUGGAUCGGACAUGAUUGGAAUCGACAAUAAUAUCUUGAUCAGCCUGCUUCAAUCCUUGGGGGAAGCCUACAUCCAAGACGCUAGUUCAUUUUAA